AUGUAUGGCUCGCGUAGUCGCAGUCGUGGAUUGUUUGAUCCGAAAUGGGACUUUAUGUCUGUUUCGCUCUUGAUUCUUGGCUUUGGGUCAUUUCUCUUCCAUGCGACUCUUCGCCAGACGUUGGAAUUUGUCGAUGAACUGUCAAUGCUGUUGCUGUCUUGGUCGAUGCUUCGUUCCCUCGUCAUCUUACGACAGUCUCCUCAGAACAUUCGCUACAUCUCGAUCGUCCUGGCAGUCUUCUUCAUUUCCUUCUCGGUAUUCUACGUUAGAUCUGCCAAGAUCAUUUAUCAGGUCAUCGGCUUCUGGGUUUCGCUCAUCGUCAUCGGCGUGCGUGUUCGCUAUCUUUUCCACUGGGCCAAGCCAACAUUUCCCGAAGAGAAUGUACGCGAUUGGUCUAUCCGAGUAUGGACUGCGACGUUCACCUGCCUGUUUGGCUAUUUCAUUUGGAACCUCGAUCUUGAAUUCUGCGCUGAGCUAAGGAACUUUCGACAGCGCAUUGGACUACCCUGGGCUUGGCUUCUUGAGUUCCAUGGCUGGUGGCAUAUUUUGACGGCUCUCGGUGCGAGCCAAUUCAUGAAUGUGGUGAGAGAGGUUCGCGAGGAAGUGAGUCGGGAAAAGAAAGAAUGA